UUGACGGAGCGGUGUUAUUUAGAACAGUUCAUUUGCCGGGUAUAGGACGUCUGCGUGGUAGCAAGUCUGGGUAAAGUUUUAAAAGCGAUAAUAUUUAAUACAUAGAUCACUGACGUCGCCUAGAUCUCUAUCUGGGGUUUUAGAAGAACUUGUAGCUCAUUUGGACUGGGUUAGUUAAGGCCAACGUAGAGGCAGCAGGCAGACGAAGAACUUUCUUAUGACCUCGGAUACAUAGCAUUUAAACACAGGCGUUGAGUGGUGAGGGAAACAAAGCCAGACAAAGCCGUGACGACGUUAAUGGGACGGGCGAAUGGCAGUACUGCACGGACGGCAAAAGACGACGGACAAUAGUUGAAAUAGAACACUGGAUCGACGGAUAUGGGUUUCAAGGACACUGCGCGUGCAAUAGGACCGGAGAGCUUCGGCCUCGUGCUUGUCCUGGGACUGGCCGUGGUGUUCGUGCUGGCGUUCACCAACCAACUCCCCUUUCUCCCCGCCGUCGACAAGAACUUGCAGACCUGGGGCAGUUUGGUGGGAAUAGCCUUUGCCGUCCCCAGCACUCUGAUAUCUGUUAAACUAGGGAUGCGGGCUAGGAAAAAGGUGGCUGCGUUGAGGGAGAAGGACGUAGAAAGGCAGGCGCUUCUGCAUCAUGAAGUUCACGAAAGUUAUCGUUCUAUCGAGGCUUUUCGAGAACAGAGCGAAAGCAUGAUAAAACAGCUGGAACAUGCUAUUUCGCAGAAUAAGGAGAUUUUACAAGUCCUGCGUUCCCCAGAGGCGCCUAUAAAAACUGUAAAACCACAAAAGCCCAAACUUGAAAUGAAGAUGGUCCUAUUAGGAGAAGCCGAUACGGGAAAGACCACUCUCAAGGACAGGUGGUUGUUCAAAUCGUCUCUCAGAAAAGAUUACAAAGCCACGACCGACGCCGAGUGUGGCGUAGGUCACGUGAAUACAACUGCUGGUGCCGUUGCCAUACAAGUUUGGGACACAGCCGGACACGAUAAAUUAACGCACAAAGCGAAAAAAUAUUACAGUGGGAGCAACUGCUGUGGCAUCGUGUUUGAUGUGUCCCGCCACGAGACAUACUUAAAAGCAGUGCGCUGGUACGAAGACUUUCUCUCUCACGGCCCCGGCGAUGACGCCUUCGUAGCUUUUAUAGGCAACAAGGUCGAUCUACCCUGGGAUCCCCAACUGCCGUCCAGAAAGGAACUGGAACAUAAUAUAGACCACCCGUGCUUUUUUGUAUCGACCAAAACGGGGUUAAAUGUUGAUCACGCGUUUGAUAUGAUGUCACUUGGGGCCGUUGUUAAGCAUCGUCUGGUUGACCGAAAGCAAGCGUCUUUAAAGAAGCAAGAAAAUCGCAGACGACAAACUAUGAUUAGGAGAGAAACCGCGCCUGUAAUGAGUAUACAAUAUGCAUAAAUUUUGUGCGAUUUACGAAUGAGUUUAGUGGUACAUGGGAAUCGACUUGAUCCAAAGGACCGGCAGCAAUAUGACCAUUCCUUAGAUUAUCCAAAAGUGGCCAGACCCUUUCCGCCUUACUUCAGUUUUACGCUGGAAAAAACAUUGAAAAUGAGAACUGGUCACCAAAUUUCCAAAUUGGACCAAGACUGACUGUGUUGCGUAGGCCUGUCGACAAUUUUCGCGUUUUUUUUUUUUUUUU